AUGUGUAUUAGAAUUGAAAAUAGAAUUGAAAAAUUUGAAAAAGGAUAUGAUAUAAAAUGGUGGAAGAAUCAACUUGUCCUUAAUAUAACUUGUGAUGGAAGUCCUUAUCUUAGAAAAAUUACAGAUUAUCAAACACAAAUCGUUAGAUACUUUAUUGGGUGUGAUAAAUAUCAUCAAAAUGAGAAAUGGCAUUGCUAUGCUAAGUUGAAACAAGAAGAAUUAGAUGUUCCUUUACUUAAAGAUUUGUUUGAAGCCUCUGCACCAGUUAAAGAAAUUUCACAUUGCAAUAUGAUAAUUCCAAAAGUUUCUAAAUAUGCUUAUCAUGUUAAUGAUGGGAAUGUUAUUUGUGGAGUUAUUGUUGAAAAGCCUUGUCCUGUAUGUUUCAUCAGAAUAAUUCUAGAGUGCCCAUUUGUUGCUAUCAAAUGUAUUGGAGUUCACAAUCAUCCACCUCCUUCACCUGAUAAAUUACCAAAUGGCAUUAAAAGUAACUUGCAAGCUUUAAUUGAACAAUCAAUUGAUGAUAAUGAUACCACCACACUAGAUUCAAUUUUGUCAGGAAAUUUAAUCAAAGCUUAUUUUGAUAAGGAAUUUCUACCUGAAGUACAUUCAUCAUUAGAUAAUAUUGAUAAAUUAAGAUAUUUGGUUGCCAAAGUUGCAUCCUUUUGGUCAGGGAAUAAUGGGUUGGAUACAAAUAGAUGUCAGUUUAAGCUAGUUAAAGGAGAGUUAAAUGAAUUCGAAAUCAACCGAUAUGAUCCUGAACAUCAUUUAAAUUAUUUAGUAACUAAGAUAGAAUCAUUUUUAUUACAAGAAUCAUUAGAUUCUCUUUGUGGUGCAUCAGCAGUUUACUUAACAAUAGAAAAUGACAUUUUGUUACCUCUUGAAAUUGGAUAUAUUGGCGUUCAAGGUCUGAAAGCAUUAAAAGGAUUUAAUGUAGAGAGUGAAAUUCCUCUAUAUCAUAGCCAAGAUAAAAUAGAAGAGAAUAUUAACAAAUUAAAAAUUUUACUUGAGCACCCUGUGACAGUGGUGAACACAAGUCUUUAUGGGGCACUCAAACAAACUCUUGAGAAUAUUCAUCCUUCAAGUCUUGCAUGGAAAGAGUCUGUAGCAAGCAUGGUUCUUCAUGAUACUUCAGAUAUUGUGAAAAAAUUGAAGCAUAGACAAAAGAGUACCUUUUUAAAACCUCAGGAGAAUAUGAAAUGUGUUGUGCCAGAUUCAGUUGUGAUUAUGGGGAAUAUACUUCAUAAUAAAAAUUGA